AUGCCGCUCACAAAGGAUGUCAUCAAGUUCGGCACCUUUGUGGUGACGAACCAGGUCUUCCACGUAACGCGCCUAUCCUUUGCCAUAGUCAACCUCAAGCCCCUUCUGCCUGGUCAUGUCUUGGUCUCGCCGCGCCGUAUCGUGCCGCGUUUCAACGAUCUGUCCGCCGCCGAAGUGCAGGACCUAUUUUUGACCGUGCAGCGGGUGUCCCGCAUGGUGGAGCGAGUCUUCAGUGCCUCGUCCCUGAACAUCGCCAUACAAGACGGCGUGGACGCAGGCCAGAGCGUGCCCCAUGUUCAUGCACACAUCAUCCCUCGCAAGAAGGACGACUUAGAAGAGAAGGGUGGCACCGAUGCUAUAUACGGCAUGAUGGAGAGCGAAGAUGCGGACCUGAGCAAGCAGCUUGCCGACAGGGAGAAGGCAGCUAAAGCACAUCUCGCAGGAGAAGAAAAGAAGGGGCGCUUCCCUGCGGUGGACAAUGAUAGCCGCAAGCCCCGGACCGACCAAGAGAUGCAGGAAGAAGCCGAAUGGCUGGCAGAGGAGAUGGCGAGGGACGGAAGAGACGAACAGAGCGUUGUCUGA